AUGUCGAUCAUGCCUCCCGAGGAUUCCAUGAAAACCGAAGUGUCGCCUUUUCCUGCGGCCAAGACCGACGCGCAGUGGAAGGUGCUGCUCACACCGGAGCAGUUUCGCAUCCUUCGCAAGAAAGGCACCGAGGCGCCCGGAACAGGCUACUACAACAAGGUGUUCCCGACUAAAGGAUACUUUGCUUGCGCAGCGUGUAGACACCCUCUGUAUCCCGCCAGUGCAAAAUUCGCGGCCGGGUGUGGAUGGCCAGCUUUCGACUGUUUCUUCAAAGGUUCUGUUCACAUGCAGCCGGACACCUCCUUGGGAAUGAAACGCGUGGAGAUUGUCUGCGCGAACUGUGGCGGUCAUCUCGGGCACUUGUUCGAAGGCGAAGGAUUCACCCAGACCAACGAGCGCCACUGCGUGAAUUCGGUCUCGAUCCGGUACAUUGCUGACGCGAAGCCGGCCCCCCCGUCUGCAGUCACCACGUACAAGUUGGAGCGGGCGAGGCAGGCGCAGCCAAAGUGA